AUGUCUCGUACCUGCAGCAGCAGCAGCAGCAGCAUCCAACAACCCGAAUUGAAGAAAAAGAAGCAAGCACGCAAAGCACCCAGGGCCCCAGAAGAAAUUGAUCCCUUCUUCGAGCCGGUAGCGAAGCGGUUGAGAAGCCGAAGCCAAAGUCGCCCACGGGACAGGAGGCUUUCUUCUUCUUCUACUUCUUCUUAUGCUUCUGCAAGAUCUGCGCUGGCACCAACAGUUGAGGAAACCGAGGGGACGCCGCCUACAGAGGAGGAAAUCCCGGACUCGCUCGCAUAUCUGGACGCCCCCCCUCUGAGCCCUGCACCCGUGACUUCGUACGCAGAAGCGCUGUCUCGGCGUCGCCAGAGGAACUUUGAUGUUGUGAUAGAGAAGAUACCUGGCUUUGACAGAUCGCAAUACACAAGCUACAAUAGCGAUCCUGAGUCCCACCCUCCUAUCCAAGCAGAGCCGCCUUCAGUGCCUCCUCCUCCUCCUCCUACACCCCAAAUCCCCCCACCACAACCACAACCACAGCAGCAGCAAAUCAUAGUAGAAAGCUUCACAAAAGUAUCCCAGAUUGAACGCUCAUCCCAAAGCGUUCUUCUGGUCUACGAAGAAAGCGUACUAGUGCCCGCCUCGCAGAUCGUCACCCCCGCCUCCUCAGGUACAAAACCGGGGGAGGGGGAGGAGGGCCCGGUCAGUACCAUAAUACCAGAGACCCCACAACAACAGCAGCAGAAGCAGAAGCAGCCUGCAGCAGGUCACAACAACCCUCGAAAGAAAAAGAAGCCGCAUAUUGCAUCCGGCCAAGAAGGGCCAACAACUCUACCACCACCACCACCACCACCUCAGAUUCUACUAGAAGCACAACUGCUGCUGCUGCGCACGCCGGCACUGGCCAAUACGCAGUCACAAUCCGCCUCAGGCGCAACAGCAAUUCCUGCAGCUCCCGCGAUAUCAAAAGAGCAUAUAAAAGCUAUAAAAGCGCCUGCACCCCAGCACCCAAAACACUCUGAAGUCGUUGAAGCUGCCGUACAGCAGCCCGCCAGGAUAUCGACAGCAGCAACAACCACGAGCACCACUGCCGCUACCGCUAGUACUAGCGUUAACCGGGAUCCUCCUGCAUUAGCUACUAACGGGAGUGGGCCACCUAAAGUCUUGGCAGCAACCGCAACCGCAACAGCAACAGCAGUAGCAACAGCAGUAGCAACCGAUCAAACACCACCACCACCGCCUCCAGGGCCCACAGCUCCUCCAAACCACCCCACCACCGACCCUCAACCCGCCCACCCACUCCCCGCCCCAGCGCCGCCCCCAAUAUCCGCAUUCUCAAGCUGGUUCACCAACCGUGAGCCCAGACCCGCGCCCAAGGUCUCUAAGCAGCGCCGGCGGAAAGCAGCAGUAGUAGCACCACAGAACAACGGCGACAACGCCGCAGAGGACAUGUCCGGCGCCCAGUCACUCCUGCUGCGCGAGCGUCUCGCGAAACGGCGGGAGGAGCGCAACGCAAAGAUCCUGACGGCGAGGAGCGCGCGGAGCCAGUUCUCGCCCGUUCCCCCCGCGACCCCUCCAACUCCAGCAGCGGCAGCGCUGCCAGCUUCGUCAACUCCGCCGCCGCCGCCGCCGCAGCAGCAGCCGAAUCUAGCGACGUCUGGGACUGCAGCGGGAAAUGGACUGGGGGAUGUAGCGCCCGGGAGUCUGGGAGUGACGACGCCGGUGGAGAGCGUGGCCGUGAAGGAGGAGGCUUCGGCGGACGAUGUUCACAUAAAUUUGGCUGUCAUUGAGGAUGCACCGCCGCCGCCGCCGGUUCAGGUAGCACAGGAUGUAGAGAUACAGGAUGUGGAGAUACAGGACGCGGAGAUACAGAGUAUAGAGAUAGAGCCAGAACCACAACCACAGCCACAACAACCGGCGCCGCAAACAAAGAUGCAAUCGCCCUUCAGAACCCCAUAUCUCGGCCCAGCGGAAUACGCAAUCGGCCUCCCUCUACGUACAAAAACCGUCACCCCCAAAGCAAUCGACCAGAAAACCGCAUAUCUCAUAUCAAUCACCGAAAAGCACGGAGAGAUCAAACGGUAUCUCUCCAACCCGCACGGCGCCGACGCCGCGCUCGUAGACGCCAUGCAGGAGAUCCUGGCCAACACCGGCAAGAUCGCCACGCACCCCGAUCUCCUGAUGAAGAAGAUUGAGGUCUCGGAUGCCGCGGCGGGCAAGGAGGCCGACUACCACGCGGCCAUGAGCAGCAAGUUUGUGUUUCUGCGUGCGUUCUUGGUGGCGGUGAGGCAGCAGCAUUUGAAGAUUGUGAUUGUGGCAGAGAGGGGGAAGAUAAUCGAUAUACUGGAGAUAUUCUUGAGGGGGAUUAGAAUCGCCUACACCAGGCUGGAUCAGCUUAGUACGUUGCCAAAGAUACCGCACGACGACAACGAGGGCCUAGUGCGAGUAUUUCUUCUGCCGAGCUCCAAAAGCGGUUCUGUUGUGAAUGUGGCCGACUGUCUCAUCGCCAUGGACUCAAGCUUCGAUGCAACGCUACCCGAGGUUCACAAAUGCCGUAGUAACUCCUACGAGGUUGGCAAGCUUGCGCCCGUAUUCCGACUGGUCGCCAUAAACUCAAUUGAGCAUCUCCGCCUCUGCAGCCCGCCCGGCCAGGAGGUUCCCCUCUAUGUCUAUAUCGAGACGCUGAAGAAUCUGCGGCAACAAGUGGGCGUUGCAACGCAGGACUACGGGUCUGCAGUCUCCCGUGCGCCGACAAAGAUCACGAAAUGGCUGCAGAAGAAGGCGGAGGGGAAAUUGGAGAUUCCCGAGAUUCCGGAACUGCCGCUCUUUGAGAUUACAAGUCACGCUCAGCCUACUACGCCCAACACUAGCACUAGCACUACUAAUAAUUCUUCUGGCAACGAAGGGUGCGAUAAGAGGAAAAGACAGGAAACACAGACUGUGGUGUCACCACAACAAGAUGCGAAACGAACGAGGGUCAAUGAUCCUGAGCCAAUGGGCCCUAUUCCUGAGUUUGUUGAGUGCCUGACACCGCAUGUAGUUGGGGAUGUCACGCAUGUUAGUGACUCUAUGCCGAGCCAAGCACCGACCGAUCAAUCGAGUGUAUUAGGGCAUACAGACAAUGAGGGCCACCGUACACUGGCGGAAUCUGUCGCGAUGGAUAUUUCUGAGGGUGAUCAGACGGCGGUGGAAGAUAACAAGACGGAGCACGUUGUGACGGCUAUAGAGAUUGAGGAUAGUAUGGAUCAUACCGCAACGGCCGAGAAGCAAGUCGAGGAGCAAGUCGAGAUGCAGGUCGAGGAGCAAGUCGAGGAGCAAGUCGAGAUGCAAGUCGAGGUGCAAGUCGAGGUGCAAGUCGAGGAGAAAGUCGUGGAGGGAGAACAAGAAGAAGAAGAAGAAGAAGCGGAGGAUAUACCAAAGGAUAAUCCGGUGACGUUCCCUGAAAUCUCGAGCACAAACGGUUUGAAUAUAGAGUCAUUGUCUCGGGAACAACUAGUUGCUGCGUUCAAGAGGCAGGCAGAGGGCUUACAGCAGUGGAUGGAGUCCGCUGGAAGACUCCAACUUCGACAUGACGAGUUGAAGAAGCAACUCGCCGAUACUAGGAAAGAGUUGAGGAGGUCCCAAAAGACCCAGAGGGACGCAGAAAAUCACGCUCGCGCAAGGCUUCUGGCUGGCCCGCCGGACAAGGCUGCACUCGAACAAUCGCGUGCUGAGAAUGAAAAGCUGAGCGAGAAACUCCGCACAGUGGAGUGCAAGUUGCAGGCACAAAACAAUGAUUUCGAGUUCCUCCGGGGACAGUACCAGGAGGCUUCAAACGGCGCGCUCGAGUUGAAUGCGGAUAACACAAGGCUGCAAGAAGAGAAUUCGGUUCUGGAGAGAAGGGGUGCUGAUGUUGUCGUGCAAUUACGGAGGAUGCAGCAUGAGAGCCAGGUCCAAGCACGGGAUAAGCAGAUAGAGAGCCUGACACUUCAACUCAGGGAACGAGAGGAGCGUAUAGCGCGACUAGAGCACGAAAGGCAGGGAAGGAGGGGGAUUCAUUUUCAUGUAUUUACCAGAAACGCGACAUUCUACCAAGGAUUAAGUUGGCGGAUGUGCUUUGGAGAGUUAGUUAUGGCAUCGUACAGCAAUAGGGGGGUUUUCUGCAUUUCUCGAUUCCAUCUCGAGCAUGAAGACUUCCCCAGAUUAUUGGGCAAAUGCCUCACGAUGACGAUCCGAUUGCGAAUGUCAAUACCGGGACACCAUGAAUCGCCCGAAUGUAAUUGGCCACUGCUCGGGUUUAUGGAGAAUCUUGACUCUCCAAGGCAGCUUGACGUUGUUUCACAUUCAGAACAUAGGCUACAAGCGUGCAAGCGUUGUUUUUUCGAUUAG